CGACAUCGUGUUGAGUGAGCUAGUGCGUAAAAGCGUUGGUUGUUUUGAUUCCUAGUUCCUUCCCGGUACCACUUCCUGAGAAAGCAAAGAAAAACCGACAACCCAAUCGAGGGAUAGGAAAUGAAGAAGUCACCGUUACCGGUGCAGACCAUACGUGGCUCCGAUAAGCAGGUAUGCGGAAAGGAAGGAUUGGUGAAGCUUCUGAGGUGGCAUUUUGGUUAUGCUGAUUUCAGAGGCACGCAAUUGGAUGCUAUCCAAGCUGUUCUCUCUGGGAGAGACUGUUUUUGUUUGAUGCCAACUGGAGCUGGGAAGUCAAUGUGUUAUCAGAUUCCUGCAUUAGCUAAACCUGGAAUUGUUCUUGUUGUUUCUCCUUUAAUAGCCUUGAUGGAGAACCAAGUGAUGGCAUUGAAGGAGAAAGGAAUUGCAGCUGAAUAUCUUUCUUCAACCCAAACAUCGGAUGUUAAAAACAAGAUCCAUGAGGACCUUGAUUCUGGCAAACCAUCAGUUAGGCUGCUAUAUGUAACACCAGAAUUGAUUUCAACACUGGGAUUUAUGUCAAAGCUGACUAAGAUUUACACUAGAGGGUUGUUGAAUCUCAUUGCCAUAGAUGAGGCACAUUGCAUCUCAAGUUGGGGCCACGAUUUCAGGCCUAGCUACCGUAAGCUUUCAUCUUUGAGGAGCCGCCUUCCAAAUGUACCAAUAUUGGCUUUGACAGCUACGGCUGUUCCUAAAGUUCAGCAGGAUGUGAUGGAGUCCUUAUGCCUGCAAAACCCUUUAGUCCUAAAAUCUUCAUUCAAUCGUCCUAAUAUAUAUUAUGAAGUUCGUUACAAAGACCUUCUAGUUGAUGCCUAUGCUGAUUUGUCUGAUCUUCUCAAAUCUUAUGGAGAUGUUUGUGGAAUAGUAUACUGCCUUGAACGGACAACCUGUGACGACUUAUCUGCUCAUCUAUCAAAAAGUGGCAUUUCCUGUGCUGCGUAUCAUGCAGGACUGAAUAAUAAGGUGCGGACGUCUGUUUUAGAUAAUUGGAUUUCUUCUAAGAUACAAGUUGUUGUGGCCACGGUAGCUUUUGGGAUGGGUAUAGAUAGAAAGGAUGUCAGAAUUGUUUGCCACUUCAAUAUUCCUAAGUCAAUGGAAGCCUUCUAUCAAGAGUCAGGUAGAGCUGGCCGUGAUCAAUUACCCUCAAGAAGUCUGUUGUACUAUGGAAUGGAUGAUCGCAAAAGAAUGGAAUUUAUUCUUAGCAAUGCCAAGAACAAGCUACCAUCCUUGGGUUCACAGGAAGAUUUGCCAAAAAAGUCCCUGACUGACUUUACUCAGGUGAUGUCUGAACUGUAUCUCUAUAUCAUUAAUGUUUUAUGGUGGCUGAAUACAAAAAUAUACAGAUGGUUGAGUAUUGUGAAGGUUCUAGAUGCCGAAGGAAAAAAAUUCUUGAGAGUUUUGGCGAGCAGGUAUUCUAAUGUACCCGCAUCGCUAUGUAGAAAAUCAUGUGAUGCCUGCAAACAUCCAAACCUAGUAGCUAAGUAUCUGGAGGAGCUCACAACUACUUGUGCUGUUAGGCAGAAGAGUAGUUUUUCUCGAAUUUUUAUAAGCAGCUCCUCAGAUAUGAUUGAUGGAGAACAAUCUUCUGAAUUCUGGAAUCGUGAUGAUGACACAAGUGGAUCUGAUGAAGAUAUAUCUGAUUCUGAUGCCCCUAAACUACCAGAUGCUACUGAGGUUGUCAAGAGCCUCGCCAAGUCGAAGUUACCAUCAAAGUCAGGGCUAAAUGAAAAGAUUGAGUUAUUGCAGCGUGCAGAAGAAAGAUAUUACCAGAAUAAUUUCUCUAAUAGAAAGGUUGAUAAACUUGAUAAGAAUGUUAUAUCCGAGACUCUGAGGGAAUCAAGCAAGCAAAGAUUACUAAAUGCGCUAAAGCAGGCUCAACAGCGGCUUGGCAACUUUAAGCUUGAGGUGGAAGUAUCUGCUUGUUUCCUUGAAAAUGAGUGCUACAAGAAAUAUGGGAGGACUGGGAAAUCAUUUUAUUAUUCACAAGUGGCGAGUACUGUGAGGUGGCUAUCAACCACAAAUUCUUCAGAAUUAACAAAUCGGCUUGGCAUCACUGCCAAUGCCCAGUCGGAGGACGUUGCUUCUAAAGCAGAGCCUCCUACAACACCAUUGCUUUCAUUGGAUCAGGGACCAACGGAAAGCACAAGCAAAGAUCUCAAUGGCAGAGCUAGAACAGAAAGUUCUGCAUGUACUUCCCCAAUACAAAGUGCUUCUUCCAGUGCAAAGCUUCCUGAAAUUCCAUCCUUCUCAAAUUUUGUUAGCAGCAGAAAGGCAAUAGACAACCGGUCUAAUACUUCACAAAAGCACUCACCUAAAAGAGUUCAGAAGAACCUAGAGAAGAGGAUGAGGCUGCAAUAGGUGGAAAUUUUAGGGUCUUCUCAUAUAUAUUGUUUAUUUUUCAAUGGCUGUACACGAUCUUAAUAUAAUUCUGCUUUUGUUUUUAGUCGUGAACUUUAUAAUUUUGUUGAGUCAUAAUUUUUGAUUGCAACAUUUCCUUACUUGAAAGUAAAUUUGGUGAUGGGGAACAUGGAGACAGAAGAGAAGAGAAGAAUGGCCUGAAUACUCCCAAGGUAAAUUAAUAUAUAUGUGCGUCUUUUAUUUGACGCGGUGUUUAGGAAUUGGUUAUUAGAGACGUGACACACAUGAGAAGAAAAGAAUUGCAUUUUGGAUUU